CAACAAGCAAGUGGAUGAUGUUGACUGCUGACCAUACAGGAAAACUGCAACUUGAAUCAACAAGUGUUGCUGAUUUGAACACUUCAAUUCAUGAAGAUACUUCCAUCGACUCCAUCAUCAACCCUCAAGUAGUCAUUCAACAUUUACAGGAAUUGGGUUAUAAUCCAUCCUCGUUGUCAAAUGCUGCCCUCGAAGAAUUCGUGGGUGAACUAAAAGCCAUGUACCAGCAAGGAAUGUUUGAUAAUAAAGAGCAGCAUGAAGGAUUAAUGAGCAGUUAUCAGGAUAAUCCAGCCGAGUUGAAUCAACCAGAAGAUUAUUACGACUAUAAAUCCACUACUCAUAGCACAGAUAUGCACCAUCAUAUUCCUACUGCUGUCCCUGAACAUGUUAUUUCUAUUCAAAACAGCAGAGCUCCACUUUCCAAGUCAGUCAUUCAGUCUACUUCAGAUUCUGGACAUUCACAUCGGAUAAUUAAAAAUACGUUUCGGCCUUCUACCACGGCAAACCUCAACCCAUCCAAACCAGAUUCAAUUCGUUAUGAACCUCGGUUCGAUUCUCAAAAACACCAACCAGAUUCGAGUUUUAGACUCGCUACAAAAAAACCACAGUCCGUUACAACUCAAUUGGAACAUCGUUUAGCAGGGUUGGAUUUAACAGGUGUAAGAUCAACAGUUAUCAAGCAAGUUGAAACUGCUCGAGUUGAUCGACGAAGCAGACAGUCUACUCACCAAUCGAAUAGCUCUUCAGAGUUGUCUUCACCCAUAUCUACCCAUUCAGCUACUUCGCCUCGACAUAUACACACCAAGUAUACAGAGGAUAUACGUGUUGAUCAACCUAGUAUGCUAUCAGCAGAUCGUAGCAAUCUAGAUGAAUCUUUUUCACAAGAUGAAUUGUAUAUUGGUGAUGAGCAUUCAUGCACUACUACAACAAAAGCAUCGUCGGUUGCAAACAGCCAAGGAACACAUACGCGUAAGCCUCAAUCUGGAUUUAUACGUACAUGGCAACCACGACGAUCUAUACAGAAACAUGAUCCUGUAGCAAGGUAUCAUCAACACCAGGAACAGUGGUCUCAAGACAAAUUUUUGAAACGCUGUAAUGCGACAAAUACUGGUGGAACACACUGUGCGGGCUCAGAAGGUGGUUCACGAGGAAUCUUGUCACAGAAUCGAUGGGGUGGUAUGCGAGAUCCACCUGUUUCAUCUCAGCCUAAACCAAGACAUAAUCUUGCUGCUAUGCGACCAAGUUAUGUGGUUCCGUCUGAAAAAAAUCGCCGAGAUGUUGUGUGGGAGGUACGCAACAGACUGGCAAAUGUUUGUAAUCCAACCAUUUAAUAUGAAUUUAAAAUGAAUCAAUUUGAUUG